CAAUGAAUUGAAAUAUUUUCUAAUCUUCUUAGAAGUUUCAAAAAUUCAAAUCCGAACUUGGAUCAUACGUUACCACUUCAGUAUAUUUAUAGUAAUGUACAUAACUUAUUGCUCAAACAACCUCAUCACUCAUGGAUAGGCCUUUGAGACUUGUUUUACUUGUGAGUUUCCUGAGCAUUGCAGCCACUCCCAUUAGUUUGGGCAAUGCAAAUGUGGGACUUCAGGUUCCUUGCAAAGAAAAUGAGAGGCAGGCCCUUCUGAUGUUCAAGCAAGGACUUGUUAAUUCUUCGAACAGGCUUUCAUCCUGGAUUGGCGAAGGGGAUUGCUGCUUUUGGCCUGGAGUUGUCUGCAGCAACUUAACCGGCCAUGUCCGCGCACUCCACCUUGGUAAUUACUAUUUGGGUGGUAAGUUAAAUCCUUCUCUGCUCAAUUUAAGCCAUCUCACUUACUUGGACCUAAGCAGCAAUGAUUUUGAAGGACGGCAGAUUCCCAACUUCUUCGGUUCUCUUACAAGUUUAAGACAUCUUGACCUCUCACAAUCAGAUUUUCAGGGAAUAAUUCCUCAUCAGCUGGGGAAUCUUUCUAAUCUGCGCUUUCUCGACGUCCAUGGUAACUAUUUUGAGGUUAAGAGCCUGCAAUGGAUUUCUGGUCUUCCUCAGCUGCAGCACCUGGACAUGAGUGGUGUAGAUCUCAGAGAAGCAUCCGAUUUGUUCCAGGUGACAAACACUUUCCCCUCUUUGCUAGAGUACUUGAAUAUGUCCGAUUGCGGACUAUAUCAAAUACCAUUUGGAAUUGCAAAUGCUUCUGUUCUUAAAGUUCUUAAUCUCGAGGGGAAUUCCAUCAAUUCUACCAUACCAAAAUGGUUGUACAGCCUUAGCCAUCUGGAGUCACUAUUUCUUCCCUACAAUCACUUGCAUGGCCAAAUCUCAAGCUCCAUUGCAAACUUAACAGACAUUGUCAAUCUUGACUUAUUUCAUAAUCAACUUGAAGGGGAACUCCCAACCUCAAUGGGAAAUCUUUGCAAGUUGACGGUUUUUGAUCUGUCGAGGAACCGUGUCAAUGGGAGGGUAUCCGAAAUCUUUGAAAGUUUGUCUAGGUGCAAUUCAAGUCAGCUAGAGUCUUUGAGCUUAUCCAAUAAUAAUCUUUCUGGUCUUUUAACAGAUGAGCUAGGAAAUUUUGAAAAAUUACGUUUCCUUGAUCUUUCAAGCAAUUCAAUAUCAGGUUCCAUUCCAAUAUCCUUAGGAAAUCUGUCAUGCUUAGAAGAAUUACGCAUUCAUAAUAAUUUGUUCAAGGGUGUCACCUCUGAAGUUCAUUUUACCAAUCUUACAAAAUUGGUGAAACUGUAUGCAAAAAAUAAUUCAUUGACUCUGAAAACCAGUAGAGAUUGGCAUCCACCAUUUCAACUCCGAGUGUUGUUCUUAGAUUCUUGGUAUCUAGGGCCAGAGUUACCUUUGUGGUUUCAGAGACAAACACAAUUGCAGUAUCUAAGCAUGGUCAACACUAGUAUUUCAGGUACCAUCCCAACCUGGUUUUGGAACUUUUCUUCCCAACUAAGAUUUGUCGAUCUCUCUCACAAUCAAUUGUAUGGGGAAGUUCCAAAUAUAGUUGGUGCUCCUUUAGACAUAAUUGACCUAAGUUCAAACCAGUUCAAUGGUCCGUUACCUCUCGUCUCCUCCACCGUUGAUGUACUAGAUCUCUCCAAUUCAACAUUUUCUGGAUCCAUCUUUCACUUCUUUUGUGAUAGCAUAGAUGGGCCAAAACAACUCAGAAUUCUUUAUCUUGAGAACAACUUUCUUGAUGGACCAAUUCCUGAUUGUUGGCAAAACUGGAAAAAGUUGAUUGUUCUAAAUUUAGAGAACAACAAUUUGACAGGGAACAUUCCAAGCUCCAUAGGAUACUUACUUUUCCUCGAAUCGCUGCACUUGCGCAAUAAUCACCUGUUUGGAGAGUUGCCCAUGUCCCUACAGAAUUGUCAGAACCUGUUAGUUGCUGACCUUGGCGAAAAUAAGUUUGUUGGAAGCAUACCGAUGUGGAUAGGAGAAAGUCUUUCAAAUUUGAUCGUUCUCAUCCUUCGUUCCAAUAAGCUUCAGAGUGACAUUCCUAACGAAAUCUGCAGUCUUGUCAAUCUCCAAAUCUUGGACCUUGCUCAUAAUAAUCUCUCCGGAACAAUCCCAAAAUGUUUCAACAAUUUCGGUGCCAUGGCCACCUUGUCAAACUCAGGAGGUCCCAUUUCAUUCUUCAGUUAUAUGUACGGUUCGCCUGAGCAGUACAUGGAGGAAGCAAUCUUGGUGAGAAAAGGCAGAACAGACAAAUAUAGCAAAUCGCUUAGCUUGGUAGCUAACUUGGACCUUUCACACAACAUGAUAUCUGGAGAGAUUCCCAAGGAAUUGACCAGCCUUAUCAGCUUGCAAUCAUUGAACAUAUCGAAAAAUCUAUUGACUGGAAAAAUCCCUUCAAUGAUUGGUGAUAUGGUAAUGUUAGAGUCUCUUGAUCUUUCCAUGAACAAACUUUCUGGUGAAAUUUCUCCAAGCAUGUCGAGGUUGACAUUUCUUGGUACCUUGAAUUUGUCUUAUAACAAUUUGACCGGACAGAUUCCCCAAUGCACACAGCUCGGAAGCUUUGAUCAGUACAGCUAUAUUGGCAAUGAACUUUGCGGAUUGCCACUCAACGUGAGCUGCAAGGAAAAUCGGACAAUGCAGCCAGUAGUUGUUCAAAACCACAUGGGUGGCCAUUUACUCGAAGACAGUUGGUUCUAUUUGAGCUUGGGACUAGGCUUUCUGUUCGGUUUUUGGGGUGUUCUUGGUUCGUUGCUUCUCAACAUGCCAUGGAGCUUUCGCUUUUCUCAGUUCCAGAAUAGUAUUGUUCGUAGACUAUAUGGUGUAAUUGUGGAAUAUUGUUGUUGAGAGAGGUAGUUUGCUACAUGUCAAAAGAAUAAGGCUGAAUGCUUUUGUCCAAUCAAAUAAUAUUGAGUUUAAAUUAAUGUAAGUUUACAAAUGCAGUCCAUGAAUAAAAAAAUCAUCGAUAUUUCUUCCUUCA